AUGCAGAAUAUCAGCCUGUCUCGUGCAAUAUCUCCAAAGGGCUGUGUGCGGUUCGUCUCCUUGGGAACCUGCCCCCGUCCCAACGCUAUACUCGCUCUUCGCUGGAAUUCCCACAGAUUCGGCCUGCAGACGCCGCAGAGUAAUCGAUGGCCGAGAGGGUUUCAGACUGGACAAAUGUGCAAUAUACCUGACCAAGAAACAACAAAGAAUGAUGCAAAAAUUCCGCAACCGCCACCAGAGAAAGAGUCACCGUCGGCUCGACCAGUAGUCGUGGACUCAAAGGGAACAAAAUACUACACCCUCAAGAAGUACAGGGAGGGCCCGAACCCGGAGAGCGGCGAGCUGGGUAAGGAGUAUAAUUCGGAAGAUGUAAGGACUCAUAACAAGGAUGUGGACGACAGGCAUAAGAAGGAUUGA